AUGCCGUCGGUCAUUUCUUAUUAUUAUUGUUCAUUUAUUCGUGCAAGAAGGUCAAUAAAGACCAUUCACUAUUGUUUAGCAGAUGACAAUAAAAGAAAUGAAUUUUACUUUGAUAAAGUUACCAGCAGAAAUGUCUUUCAGUUAGUUGUUUAUCUUGAACAAAAGGACCAUAACGCGAGAUCAAUAACCGUGAAGGAAAUUGGAAGAGAAUUAGUGAUUGUCAGUGAUUCAUUCCUGGACUUCAAUCACAUUCUUAAACUUAUCAUUGACAUAAAUCUAAGAAAUCUUUUAACGCAUUUUUUUAACAAAAGAAGUCAGCAGAAAAAUGUUCUUCAUUGUCGAAUGAAGUUGAAAGUUCUUCAACUUUGGUCAAAAGAAGCGUGCCGAUGCUUCCAUUCUAGUUGUAUUCACAAAAAAAAUCUUUCAGAAAGAAUGAAAAGGUCUGAGAGAGAAGAGACUUAA